GUGGCUGGUUCUGUCAGAUCCUGACGGCGGGGGCCAGAAAAACGAGCAGAGCUCUGCGUCAACCAACCAACCAACCAACCGUCCGACCAACCGACCAACCGUCCGACCAACCGACUGACCGUCCGACGAGCCAACCAAGCUGUGCUAGUCCCCAAGCACCAGUCUUCAGCUGCAGUACAGUACUGCGUCUUGAUCAUCAUAUCAACAGUACAUGUAGGACGUUGCAGGAAUGACCAAGGAAGACAAGAAACCACUCCCCCCGAACGCGGGCCCGCCAACAGAUCAUGAUGCGGACAAAGUGGAGAUUGUCAAGGAAGUUGCUGCCAAUCGGAAACGCCUGACCAUGGGGCUUGCAGUGGGAACUGCAGUACUGGUGGUGGUGAUUGGGGCAAGUAUGCUGGGCGUGUUUCUGUCCAAAGACGCCAACAUAGUCACGGGUAAUCGUCUGUGGAAGGUCAAUGAAGUGAUUCUUAAUGAAAAGAUAGAGGUUGAUGUCAAGGCGAAGACAGAGACUUUCUACACGCGAGACUCUGAUGGUACUUCGGCACUGAUGCAUGAUACCAACACAGGUCUCAGCGCCUACAAGUUUGAAAUGCAGAAGAUGUGCUACAUCACUGACUAUGAGAAGGAUCAGGACAUCGAAGAAGUUGACAGCCUGGCCCAAAGGAUGGAAGACGGAGAGGAUGGGGAGGUGGAAGUGGCCCAACAAGGCCCCAGCGAGUACCUUAGUGUGGACAACAGCCGAGAGCCGUUCAAUCGCUCUUCACUGAGCGACAAAAUGGACGAGUUCUGUGGUCCACUGGAGACACAGUGGGGUGUGAAGACAGCAGAAGAGCCUGGUACCCCAGGAGUGGACCCCACCAGUGUUGCAGGAGACAGUGGCAAUACGGAAGGUGAACCACAGGAGCGUAAGAAGCGAGUCAUCUGCCAUUUGGUGAGGAGCUACGUCUGCAGAACAGUCUGCAAAUCAAUCUGCGGUCGAAAGAAGCGCGCUGCAGAACAGGAGAAGGAAGGAGAAGAGAACGAGCAGCAGCCAACCCGAGUGAAGCGCUUUUGGGGUGGCAGGCGUCGCCGUCGCUGGUUUAGCUGCCCAAGGGUCUGUUACCCCGUGUGCAGUUGGAUUUCAAGGUGGAUCUGCUGAGCCUUAUGCUUGUGUUGUCAGUCAUAAAGAUUUUCAAUCUAUUGCAUCUAACACCAAAAGCAAACUGAUGACAAAGUCUUAUUACUUGAUGAUCAAAGAAAUUUCGAUGCAUGAAAUCUACCAACUAAUGCGUUUGGUCAUUAUUUUUGAAGAAACAAAUUGAUUUCAUAUUCAUUGAAAGAGAUUAUAGUUUUCAUUUCUUGGUCUAUAUUAUACUCUUACAUAAAAAAUUAAUGGCCGACCAAAAAGUCACUGCAGAUUUGCAGUACUUGAGAAAGAAAGAGAUUUGGAGCAUUGUCUGUGAUGAGUCUUAUGUAAUGUCUGUCAAUCAUACUCAAUACUGUAAAUAGGUUGGAGUAAGUUACAUCUUCAUAUAGCAUGCAUUUACAAUUUUUGACAAAGGCUAGAUGUAAUUCAGUAUUUUAAAAAAUAUCACUUUCCAAAUGCGUUAUAAGUCAAAGGCAUAUAAUGCAUUCUUGAAAUGUCAUUAAUAGGUUACGGAUUAUCUUUUUUUUUUUUCUUAACUUUUUUUUCACACAAUGUCAUGUACUACGUGCUCAAUAAUUUUUGGGUGGUUUAGUCAAGGUUCCCAAAGAGUAAGCCAGUUAGAUUGUGAAAGUCUAAAGAAAGCAUGACAUUUUCAUGAGAACGAUCAUUGCACAAUCAUAAUUUUUUUUUUAAUACCACUUAAUGCAAGCUUUUUAGUAAUACACCAAUACUAUAGUCAUCAUAUCAUAACUGUCAUGGUGGGGAUGUUUAUUGAGGCAAAAUAACCUAUUACAAGAUUUUGUGGUGUAUGAAAAUGGAACACCAUGAGUUUUAUUCAAUAAAAUUUA